AUGAAUGAUACUAGUAGUACUAAUAUGGCUAUUGAUGAAGAGCUGUAUCCAGCUCUGAUUCAAUGCUUUUUCAUAAUUGCUGUUGGUUAUAUCGCUGGAGGAAUGAAUUUAUUAACAAAUACUCAAUCAAUUGGUCUUUCACGUUAUAUAAGUAAUUUCGCUCUACCAGCUGUAAUAUUUAAAAAUCUCGUUAAUGUGCAAUUUCAAAGUCUAUCAUGGGCAUUUCUUGCAUCUGUAUUUAUUGCUAAAACAAUUGUUUUUAUAUGUACAGCAAUUUUAACUUGUAUAGCUGAACGUCCAAGAAAUUUUGCAAGUAUAGGUUUAUAUGCAAUAAUGACAUCACAAAGUAAUGAUUUUGCAUUAAUUUUACCAAUUAUUAAUGCUGUUUAUAAACAAUCCCAUCCAGAUUAUGAACGAUAUAUUUAUUUAAUAGCACCUAUAUCAUUAGUUAUACUUAAUCCAAUUGGUAUUAUUUUAAUUGAAAUACAAAAACGUUUUGAACAACGAGAUAAACACCGUGGAAAACAUCCUUAUCAAUUGAUUAAAGUCAUAUUUUAUAAUAUAAGUCGUAAUCCAAUUGUUAUAUGUACAUUACUUGGUGUUAUAUUUAAUCGUAUAUUCAAUGAAAAACUACCAAAUACACUCGAUUUUAUAUUAACACCAGUAGCACAAUCAUUUAGUGCAACAGCAUUAUUUUAUCUUGGUUUAACUAUGGUUGGAAAAUUAUCUCGUCUUCAUUCACAUCUUGUUAUAACUGUAGUUAUACUUAGUAUGGUUAAAUUAAUUUUAUUUCCAUUAAUAUUACGUCAAGCAAUUUUUUUUCUUUUAAAACCAAUUAAUGGAAGUUUAAAUAAUACAAUUGAUUAUUCAAAUUUUGGUUUUCUAUAUGGAACAGCACCAACAGCACCAUCAGUUCUAUUUUAUGUACCAGAAUCAAAUUUAGCUUUACAAGCUAUUGCUUCAACUGCUCUUGUUGUUUCAACUUUACUUGCAGGACCCAUAAUGCUUGUUUCAGCUAAAAUGAUUAAUUUAAAAACAUUAGAUUUGAUAAAAGCACAAUCCUAUGACGCAUUUUUAGUUAAAACAUCAUAUGAUGUUAGUGUUAUGUCAUUACUUUGUACGAUUAUUGUUCUUAUUGGAUUUUGUUUACGACGUCGUUUAUUAAAAAUAUCAUUUGUUCAUAAAUAUACAUUUAUUUUUGUUGGCGUUCAAAUGAUACAAGCAAUAUGGACAAUAGGGACUCAAUAUAUAGAAUUACCAAUAUCAACAACAGCUGCAACGAUAGUUGAAUUAGGUAAUAUUCUAACAGCUUUUCUUACACGUGCAUGGGCAACAAGUAUUUCAAUUGCAUUAAUGAUAUCAAUUUGUUAUUCAAAAGAACGUGCUCGUCAAUAUUCGUGGUUAUAUCAUUUAUAUGGUUGGCUUCUACCAAUAUUUACAGUUGGUGUAAUCUAUAUAGAAUCAACAAUUAUGACUAAAAAUGAAGAUUCAAAAUCAAGACUUAAAAAAAUUGACACAGUCCAAUACAGUGCUGCUAUUGUUUUACUUGCUAUAUGUAUUAUAACUAUUUCAACAAAUCUUCUUCGUAUUGCACGUCGGACAUAUCAAUUAAAACAUGAUGCAAAUGAAAGUGAUAGUGGAAAUUUAAAUUCAAAUGAAAUUCGACCAUUAAUUGAUGAAGAAAGUGAAGAUGUUCAAAGACAAUUAUCAAUAAAUUCAACAUCAUCAAAUAUAACACCACUUGAAGCAGAUACACAAUUAUUUCGUCAUGCAGUACUUGUUGGCCUGUUGUGUACCAAUGCUUUUAUUUGUGUAUCAGUUUUAUUAUGGUCAAUAGUAGUCACAGAUCGUGAUGGUAUUUAUUAUGAAUUACAAUUUCUUGAUACGACUUUAUUACACGGUCAAGGUAUUAUAACAUUUCUUGUGUUUGCACUUGAUGCUGAAUUAUUAAUACCUAUACGUCGAAAAAUUAUUAAAUUCUUACGUUAUAUUGGUAUAAAUAUCAAAUGUUAUCCAGAUAAUCACAAAACAGUUCAAAUUUGUAAACAUCUUGAUUUUGAACAUAAAAUUCGACCAGAUUUUAUUCGACAUUCAGUAACAACACAAAGUAUGAGCAAUUCUUUGGAUACUAUCGGAACAAUAUUCAAUGGAAAUGAUUUUUGUCAAUGGCUUGUAUCAAAUAAUUAUAUAGAAAAUGAGUCAAAGGCUCAUGAUUAUUGUCAAGAAUUAAUGACUAAUAAACGUAUUGUGUGUAUUAAUCGCAUACGGAAUGAAGAAAUUUCAGAUUCGACAAAUAAUUGGUAUGCAUUUUCCAAAUAA